UUUUAACUUACGGGCAGUCUGCUAUUGACUUGUUAUUGUUUUGGUAAACUUCGGGUAAUGUUUUUGUUUUGAUUGUUAUUUGCAAUGGAACGUCGCAACAAUAAUCCGGGUGCUGUGCAAUAUGGCAAUUUCAUGAAUUACUAUCAAUUCAAUUCAGCUGUCGAACGGGUUAAACUGCUGCCAUCAAAAGAUAUUUGGCAGCCCAAACAAAACAACACGAGGACAGAAAAUGAACCCUACUUGGUGCUCGAUGUGGGCUGCAAUUGUGGUGUUUUUACACAGUUGUUGCAACAGUUCCUUGGAGAACAGUUGCAGCAACCAGUGCAUGUGCUUGGCGUGGACAUUGACGAGCGGCUCAUCGAACGAGCGAAAGCGGAAAACACGUGUCUCGACAAGAUCAGCUAUUUUACCGCCGAUGUGCUCAAUGAGGACCAAUUUGACUCACCCGUGAAGACUUAUUUAGAGCAGCAUCAUCGGCAGAAGUUCGAUGCCAUUUGCUGCUACUCGAUUACCAUGUGGAUUCAUCUGAAUCAUCACGACAACGGUCUGCAAUUUUUUCUACGCAAACUGUCCCAAAUGGCGGAGUUGUUUGUAGUGGAACCCCAGCCAUGGAAAUGCUACCAAACGGCUGAACGGCGUCUGAAGAAAACCGGCGAGGUUUUUCCACUAUUCCUGGAACUAAAAUGGCGCUCUGAUGUGGAACAACAGAUUCAGAAAUAUCUUGAACAAGAGUUGUGCCGCCAGAGCGUCUACGAAUCGACGCCCACCAAGUGGCAGAGAAGGAUUUGUUUUUUCAGAUGAGAUUGAUCAUAGUACAAUAUGUUAACUAGAAUUUAAAAAUAAAAAAUAUUUGU